AUGAGUUUCUUCAGCUCGCUUCAGCAGUACGUGACGAGUGGGGUCGCUGGGCUUGGGCUGAACCCCCGCAGGUUCUCCCUGUCACGGCAAGAGUCCGCCGAAGGAUCGUCGGGGCCCUCCGGUGGCCAUUCGUCUUCCUCAUCCUCGGUUACCUCGCCGUACAGCAUGGGUGGAGGCAGUGGUGCUCCUAUGGGAGGCAUGGGCAGCAUGGGACACAGUCCCGGCCUAAGCCCCGGUGGUCCCGGAAGCAGUGGCCAAGGAAUGGGCGGACUCGGCACGGCAAACGCAGGCACAAGCGGGGGCGGCGCUGGUGGACAGGGAGGCGCGAGCGUCACGGGCGGAGCAUCGACAGGCGCAGGAGGAUCUCACGGAUAUGGGAAGGUUGCCACCCCGUCGACCCUGGCCGCACCCGGAACUCCACCGAUCAGACGGCAGUCAUCAGGCCGUGGACUGGACGCGCUAGUACCGCCACCACGCCAGGGUUCGUUCCGCGGUCGCAGCUCACCGAUCAAUCCCAACCCGCCGGACAAGCCGUCCUUUUCCGUCUGGAAGCGACGACCGUCGUGGCCCGAGGUGGAAAUUAAAUCCUCAUCUGGCGUGCAGGAGAAUGAUGGUUCCUACUUUGAAAGCUUCACUGCCCUGUCGUGGAAAAACGAGAACCGCCGAAUGUCGGCGGUUCGGGCCGUAGAAACGAGGGCGGAAAUACUGCCGGAGAACGACACCGACCGGCUGCUGGAGGAUGACAUCGAGCGGUCCGAGCAGAAGGAACACCUCUACUUGGAUGUGCUGUACGCGAUCGCCAACACCGUCGGGGCUCCGGCCCCUGGUGGGCAGUUUGCGCACUACAAGGAGGAGAUGUAUCUCCAGGCGCAGCGAGUGUUCAACGUGUCCGCCGACCGACACUACCGGCUGCUGCAUGCGGCCAACGAGGAAAAACCCAAAAUUAUCGUGCUCACCGUUAUCGUGCAGGAAGCGGAAGGUCUCGAGGCAAAGGAUGCCAAUGGAUUCAGUGAUCCCUACUGCAUGCUUGGAAUUCAACCCUCCGGCACCCCACCACCACCCUCACCGCAGCCACCGAUGACGCCACGCACCCUUUCCGACACGGGUAUGGACAGUCUCGACUCACCGGAGCACGGCAAACUGCGCAAACACCACAGCUUCCGGUUGAGCUUCAAGCGCAAGGAUGGCCGCCAGCAGCGUGACUCCGUUGGACCCGUGCCGGCCAAGUUCAUCCGGGCCACCUCGGUCAAACCGCACACACUGUGUCCAAAGUGGAACGAAAAGUUUAAAUUCGAUAUCGAUGACAUACACUCGGAUCAGCUCCAUCUGGACAUUUGGGACCACGACGACGAGAGCAGUGUGCUAGACGCUGUCUCGCGACUGAACGAAGUGAGGGGCGUUAGGGGUUUAGGUAGAUUUUUCAAACAGGUUUGCCAAUCGGCACGCCAAGGCUCGCAGGACGAUUUCCUGGGUUGUAUCAAUAUUCCAGUCUGUGAUAUUCCUUCAACUGGCCUGGAGGGUUGGUUCAAGCUGGAGGCACGCAGCGCGCGCAGCUCGGUGCAGGGUCGCAUACGCCUGAAGAUGUGGCUGUCGACGCGCGAGGAUCGGGGCACGUCCGAGGAGGACAACACGCUCGAGGUGAAAAAAUUUGAACGACUACAGACAAUCUUCAUGAUGCACGAGCUGAACGUGUACGAUCCGGCUUGGAAGUGGAACGGCGAGCUGGCCGGACCGUCGCUAACCAUCCUGCACCAGAUGGCUGUGCAAAGUGACCUAUCGGAUUUACAGAUUUCCUUAGCAAAACUGGUGGCGAUCAUACGAAUCAACCGCAAAAAGCCACUGGACACCAAGUUCAUCCACCGGCAGCUGAUCGAGGUGGACAAACUGUGGAUCAACAAUUACAACAACGAACCGUUGACGCGCGAGCUCGAGCAAUGGUUGGCCGAUUCGCUGAACGGUUUCGUCGAGCGCUCGCUGUGUCAGAUGCGCCGACAUCGGGAGAUUUUCCCCGCCCUACAUCCGCCCUCGCUGGUCCGGCUCGAGUAUAUGCUCCGGUGUCUCGGGCUGCUCGGUUCGAUGCGAGCCUUCCGGCAGGUGAGUCCCUUCAGCAAAGGCGUCCGGGGGGAGAUUGUAGGCGCGCUCCGAAAGGGUUCGAUCACCUGGUCCCAAGCGCAACUGCGGGAAUCGCAACGAUCCCCCAAUCCGCUGGUGCAUUACACGACGAUCUUGAUUGCGGACCUGCAGCUGGGGAUCACCUACUACCACACGCUGUUCGAUUCGACCAACGGCAUCCAGUACUUUAGUAUAGUGUACAAGCAAUUCGAUUCGUUGCUCAGUGAGGAAGUAACCAACCGGAUCGAGUGCGGUCAGCUACCCGGCACGAUAGUGAACCACUGGACCAUUCUGGACCACGACCGUGAACCCGAUACGGCCCCGUUCGAGAUCUACUUUGCCCUGCAGGAGUUCCACAACAUGAAAUCGCACCUAUCGGUCACACCGCAACCGCCGGAGAAGCCGCUCGGCUUGCAGAACUUCCACGAAUGGUUCGAGCCGGCCGUCCAGCGAUGGAUUUCGGUCAGUAAAACCAAAGCCAUCCAGCGGAUCAAGGCGGCGGUAAGCGUGGAUCAGUUGUGCGAGGGCGAGCGGAUCGUCCGCCAUAGCACCUCGUCGAUCGAUACGGCGUCGUGCUUCUAUCAGAUACGGGAGUUUUGGAAAAAUCUAUCCUGGCCGGACCAUGCUUCCGGGGCGCACUACGAAACGCUUAUCAUCGAUCUGGUCUGUACCACGGCCAACGUGUACUCGGACCUUAUCCACCAGGGACUCGCCGAAAGCGGUACGGGAUUCUACGACAAACAGCAGAACCAACAGCAGCAAGCCCGUACUACCGAUGAGCUGUGUGUGAUUGUCAAUAAUCUCGAGUACGUCCGGCGGGCGCUCGCCGAAUUUCAUCCCGAAACACACCAGCUACCGGAGAACGCCGAAACGCUGCUCGAUAACACCAUCGGCCAGCUGGAAGGAAAGGCAGAUCGGGUGCUGACAAAGCUGACCGCUUCCAUGCAAGGGCCACUGCAAAAGUCCGUAUUCCACCUGGCGUGGUCACCGGAUUCGCUGCCGGCAAAUCAGGCCGUCAUGCCACUGCUGGAAUACCUGGACUCCCAUUUGGCGACUCUGAACGUGACACUGCUGUCGCAGAACUUUUACCGCGCCAUGACCCUGAUCUGGAACAGCGUGCUGACGGAGUUCGCCAAACAAAUGGAUGCCGGUGGGGAGGGCGAAAAGCCAACCAACUUCCACGAUCGCAUGUACGGCGCGCUCCAGCUGCUCGGGGAGUUCUUCAAUGCCGAGGGACUCGGUUUGCCGCCGGAAAUUCUGCACAGCGAUACCUUCUGGCGCGUGGAGCAGCGUCUGCAGUACCACAAAACCGACACGGAUCAUUUGAUCGAUCUGUUCUACAUGCAGCGGUUGCAAGAGCAGCUCAACACGAUCGGACCGACCUCGCUGGGGUCGCUGUCGGUGAAGGCGUACUUUAACCACGAUUCGCUGUGUGUGGAAAUUUUGCACGCCAAGGAUGUGAUCCCGCUCGAUCCGAAUGGAUUCAGUGAUCCUUUCGUCAUCAUCGAACUUUUGCCGCGCCGAGUCUUCUCGCAUUGCUCCGAGCAACAAACAAAUGUGCAUAAGAAAACGCUCAACCCGGUGUUCGACGAGUGCUUUGAGUUUUCCGUCACACAAGAACAGUGCCAGGUGGAGGCUGCAAUGAUAGUGUUCACCGUAAUGGACCACGACGUACUGACUGCGAAUGACUUCGCGGGCGAGGCAUUCCUGGCGCUAAACAACAUCCCUGGGGUGGGAACGAACUUUAACAUCGACAAUUUCAACGUGCUGGCACAGAUCGAUCUGCCGCUGCUAGAGAUGAAGGACAAGAACCAUCCUAUACUGCAAAUCCUCGAGGGACGGGUAAACGAUAAAAAUUCCAUGGACUUUUUGCGCAAGCAGAAAGCGCGUGUAGUAGGCUAA